AUGGCUCCCAUUAUUACAAACUCCAACGGAUUAUUCACUACUCAACCAUCGUCACCCAACUCGACACCAUCGCCCACCUCGUUGGACGAUAUCAGCCAUGUCAAGGAUGAAGACACAUCUGACCCAACCUCGCCAGGUGGCUCGUUGGACACACCAAAAAAGGCCGGUCGCAGAAAGAUAAAGAUCGAGUUUAUCGACGACAAGAGCAGACGUCAUAUUACAUUUAGCAAGAGAAAGGCUGGCAUCAUGAAAAAGGCAUACGAAUUGUCGACUCUGACCGGAACCCAGGUUCUCCUGCUUGUUGCCAGUGAAACUGGACACGUUUACACAUUUGCAACAUCCAAGUUGCAACCCCUCAUCACUAGAGCCGACGGCAAGAAUUUCAUCCAACAAUGUCUCAACACACCAGACACCAAUAUCAACUCAUCACCCAUUGCCACGUCGAGCAGUAUGACGCGUACCCCCACCAACACCACCUCUCAUCACCAAGCCCAACAACAACAACAACAAGCUGCCCAACAACAAGCACAGCAACAAGCUCAGCAACAAGCUGCCCAACAAGCCCAACAACAAGCCCAACAACAAGCCCAACAACAAGCACACCAACAACAAAUGCAACAACAACAGCAACAACAACAACAACAUCCAUCACCAACUCAACAAGCAAUCCAAGCAAUGCACCAACACCAGGCCUUGCAACAACACCUAUCACAACAAUACCCAGAGUCAUUGAUGGCUAUGGGAUACUCUGGCGCAGAUGCAUUGUACAAUUCAGAGAUUGGCGACAAAGUGGUCGAGGAGAGAGCUCGAGGUAAAGGAGGGGUUGUCGACAAAUAUCUUCCAUCUCAAAUUGAUCAUUUGGGAUAUCAAAACACUCAAAUGUACGCAGUUGGUGGUUAUUACGCUCAAUCAAUCAGUAAUGGAAAUCGAGGUUAUGUAGGAAGUGCUUCAUCUUCUCCAACCUCUCCAACUCAAUACGCUUCUUAUCCAACUACUGGUUUACUUCAAGGUUAUCCAUCAAAUUAA